GUUAUUAUAUAGCUACGUAUGUUUGUAUCUGCGACACACAGUGACAGUAGAGAACAUGGCUUUCAGAAUCGCGAAGACGUCUGUCGCCCCUCUGGGCUUCCUGAGCAGGAGGUUGUCGGUGCCAGAAAUACGGUCCAUGGGUCCUUACCAUCAGAAGGUGGUGGACCACUACGAGAACCCCAGGAAUGUGGGGAACCUGGACAAGAACGACAUAAACGUGGGGACCGGCUUGGUGGGCGCACCUGCCUGCGGAGAUGUGAUGAAGCUGCAGGUGGCGGUUGACGCACAGGGUAAGAUUGUGGACGCUCGGUUCAAGACGUUCGGCUGUGGCUCUGCCAUUGCGUCCAGCUCCCUGGUCACAGAAUGGGUGAAGGGCAAGUCUAUUGAUGAAGCUCUGACGAUCAAGAACACCCAGAUUGCCAAAGAGCUCAGCCUGCCUCCAGUCAAACUGCACUGCUCAAUGCUGGCAGAAGAUGCAAUAAAGGCUGCAUUGGCAGACUACAGGAUGAAGCAGCAGUCAAGGGAGCAGUCUGUGGCCCAAGCUGCCAACUGAGACCACCCUGGGCAGUGCUCGACAUCCCCAUCACUCCCAUGUCCUCCUAGAGGCCAAGGGCAUCGAUCGCCCACCUUUUCCCUGUCAGAUUAACGCACAAACUGGGGGUGUUGAGGCUCCACUCUUAGCCUGUUGUCUUAACGCACAACCUGGGGGUGUUGAAGCUCCACUCUUAGCCUGUUGGCUUAACGCACAAUGUGAGGGCCUCAAAGCUCCACCUCUUUAGUCUUGUCUAGUUGAUGUACCGUCUGAGGGGACUUGACACGGGACAGUGUUAUGCAAAAAGGUGUUCUAUAAGGCCAGAGUUUCAACCUCUGUUUGAACUCUCUCUCUGUUGGCGAAAGCCAUGUUUUAUCAUCACAUUCCUUUGUCACCUGCAGUAUGAGAACAGAGUGAGUAACAUUCAGGCUUCCCUGUAUUCACAUCCCGAUGUUUCAGCUCUCUUUCUGGAUGGGCAAUGCUUUUAAUGCUGUUUUUGAAAAUAAAGUUAUGAGCAGAGUAA